CUGUCUUCGUCCUUCUCUUCUUCCUCUGAUCCUUUUCCUCUCAUCCUUUUCUAUUCUUCUUUCGUUCUUCGAAAUCAAGUGACAGCUCCACCCUCGCCUCAUCUCUCAUCACACAACACAAAAUGGUCUACCCCGAAACCUUUUCAGGCUUCCAAAUCGAAGACCCCAAGAAAUGGACUGAAUUCCACCUCAACGAAUUCAAACCAAAACCAUUCGGGGAUCACGACGUUGAUAUCAAGAUCUUGGCUUGUGGUGUUUGUGCGAGUGAUUUGCAUACCAUAAGUGGAGGGUGGGGAGAGCAGCAUUUUCCGCUUUGUGUUGGUCACGGUAUUUCUUCUUUGGUCCUGAGAAGGUUUUUGGUGCUUGAAAGGCCAUGGAGAGGUAGACUUGGAGGACAUGGUUUGGUUGGAGUUCAAUGAUGAGGGCGAGUAAAGUGCUUGCAUAAGCUUGCGAUACUUCAACCUUGAGCUUUUGACUUAAGUACAAUUGAAUUUUGUGGUAGUAUCUCAUUAAGACCAUUUCCAAUUGAAG